AUGUGCAACAGCAGUCUGAGUGGCAGGGCUGUGUGGGCAUCAGCCAGGAUCGACGGCACUGAUGGGUGCUGCGGAAUCCAGGUGCUUAGGUUGUUAUUGGAGAUGAUGGAAUUCUGUACUCUGGGCACCAGAUGGUGCUCUAUGCGAUGCCUGGCUGUGGCUGGGGAAGGGAUACCAGGCGUUGUCGCCCAGGAUUGGUACAGUGGGAUGUCCUGUCCAUUCAAGAGACUCAGAGACUGCCCACCCCGGUGUCAGGAGACAGCUCAACAAGCUCAGGUGGAAUUCAGGUGUCCGCAGUGCAUCUCUGAUACAGGACAGCAUGGUGUGGCUGGCAAACGCAGACUCAGGAGGCGGGGUGGUGGAAGAAUGCAAGUGAAAGUCGAAGUUCAGUUGUUGUAG